UGGCGCUCGUGCUGUCAGCACCUCGGACAGCUCCGGCACCGAACUCAACCAUCGAUCUGAUCUGAUUGAUCGGCGGAGGAGUCACGUGUCUGAUCUCGAUCGGUCGGAGCUUUCAGAUGAUGUGACUGCGUCCAGGUGUCGCGUGAAGCUGUGCGCCAGAAAGGGGACUAAAAUCUGGAUCAGGUUGACUGCUGACAGACAGGACCGUGUCCUCCUUCUCCUCCUCCUGCUCCUCCUGCUCCUCUGCAGAGACAGUCUUCACUGAGGAGUUGAGGAGGGAAAUCAAAAGAGGAGAAGCGGCCUGCGUGUGUGCGCGGGAUGGAGGGGCGCGUGCAGAGCUCAGCAGGAGCCGGUUCGGGAAGGAGGAUCAGUGCUGCCUAGUGUGUCUCCCUCUGAGCUCCGCUUCACUCCGUGUCUCUCCGCCGCUCCGCUGAUGAAGAUGUUGGCGCUGCUGCUGACGGUGUCCUCGGUGCUCUGGAGCCGCGGCUCCGCGCUCAGCUCUCACUUCAGCUCAGAUGGCGCCCCGCUGAGCGAGCUGUCCUGGUCGUCGUCUCUGGCUGUGGUGGCUGUCUCCCUGUCGGGCCUCUUCACCGUCGUCUUCCUCAUGCUGGCCUGCAUCUGCUGCAAGAAACGCAGAACCGGCUUCAAGGAAUUCAAGAAUGUGGACGGGGAGGAGUACCAUGCAGAUAUGUCCACGUUGGCCUCGCCAGCCUCCCAGGGCAGCCCGGACGUCUACAUCCUGCCGCUCACCGAGGUGUCCCUGCCGGUCGCAAAGCAACCUGCUCGAUCAGUCCAGCUCCUGAAGUCGGCAGAUGUCGGCCGUCACAGUCUUCUGUACCUGAAGGAGAUCGGGAAUGGCUGGUUCGGGAAGGUUCUGCUCGGGGAGGUGAACGCAGGUCUCAGCACCACCCAGGUGGUGGUGAAGGAGCUGAAAGCCAGCAGCAGCGUGCAGGACCAGAUGCACUUCCUGGAGGAAGCUCGGCCUUUCCGAGCCCUGCAGCACCCGGCCCUCCUGCAGUGUUUGGCUCAGUGUACUGAGGUCACUCCGUACCUGCUGGUGAUGGAGUUCUGUCCUCUGGGCGAUGUGAAGGGUUACCUCCGGAGCUGCAGGACUGCAGAGACCAUGACCCCAGAGCCCCUGAUCCUCCAGAGGAUGGCCUGUGACAUCGCCGCAGGACUCCUGCACAUGCACAAACACAACUUCACACACAGUGACCUGGCUCUGAGGAACUGCCUUCUGACGGCUGACGUCUCAGUGAAGAUCGGAGACUAUGGUCUGGCUCAGAGCAAAUACAAGGAUGAUUACUUCGUGACAUCAGAUCAGGUGUACGUGCCACUGCGUUGGAUUGCUCCAGAGCUGGUGGACGAGGUGCAUGGAAACCUGCUGGUGGCGGACCAGACCCAACACAGCAACAUGUGGUCUCUGGGCGUGACAAUCUGGGAGCUGUUUGAGUUGGGGAACCAGCCGUACAGACACUACUCAGACAGACAGGUCCUGACCUACGCUGUGAGGGAGCAGCAGCUGCGACUGCCCAAACCACUGCUCAAAGUGCCGCUGGCUGAACGCUGGUAUGAGGUGAUGCAGUUCUGCUGGCUCCAGCCUGAUCAGAGACCCAAUGCAGAGGAAGUCCACCUGCUGCUCAGCUACCUGUGUGCGAAGGGGGCCAGCGAGGCCGAAGAGGACUUUGAGAGGCGAUGGAACUCCCUGCGUCCCAACACCGGAUUCAACAGCCACCGCGGUGCCUCGGUAAUGUCACGAGACCACCCCUCAUCAACCUCCUCCUCGUUCCCUCUCCUCGAGCAGUUUUCAUCUGGUGACGGCUACCACUCAGAGUCCGGGGACGAUAUCCUGACAGUCACUGAGACCAGCCACGGCCUCAACUUUGAGUACAAGUGGGAGCAAGCCAGGGCGGAGCAGUCGUAUCGAGCCCCAGACUCGUCCAGCACCCUGGGUCAGGUCAGCCAUCACUGUCAGGAAGCAUUUUACCCACCAGGGGGCAUCGUGGGAGGCUGCCCCAUGGAGAGCCUCAGCCACGGAUUGUCCCCUUCAUACUACCAAUCAAAACAUCUCCAUGCUCCAGGCAUACUUCCUGUCCUCAGCGCCCACAGCCCCUCAGUAAGCAGUGAAUACUACAUCCGCAUCGAAGAGCCAGUAGACUGUAACAUGGACCCGGACUACACCAUGUGUUCCUACAGCCCAGACUACCAGGGCAGCAGUGGGAGCUUUCUGACUGGGAGUGCCGACUCAGGCGAGUGCAUGGCCUGCCCGUCACAGGCUAAGAACAUGGGUCCCUAUUGGUCAGCAGACAUCCAUAAGUCCGACAUGUACGACUCAAAUGAGUCCAGUCCUGCAAUCUCUCUGACAAUGGAGCCCCUCUUAGGGCAGGUGUUGGACAACAGCCCACUGCGACCCUGGGAGUCCAGUCACUACGUGUCCUAUAAAGACAGAGAUGGCGGUUACUACUACGAGCACUCACCACCGUUGGGAAUCGAUCACUAUCUGAUUGGAGCUGAGACUGCCAGUGAGCGCCAUCAGGAAAGCUGGGGGUCAAGGAGCCUGCGUCAGGCCUUGGGCGAGUUGGAGAACCCACUGGGUAUUUCCCCCGCUGUGAACAGUGCACAUCAACAGGCCUACAGAGACACAUACCUGGACACAAGUCAGACUUCCAUCAUCGGAAAGAACGUGACAGGGGGCUACUACGACAUGAUGGGCUCCCUGAGGAAGACGAUGCCCAACCACACCAGGCACCACAGCCACUCUGUCAGUAUCAACAUGGAGACACAGGGGGCGCUCUUCAUCGGGCACAGAGACAGUGACACAGAGGAGGAAGAGGAAGAGGACAUAUUUGUUGAGAGACACACCUGCAACACUUGGCCUUCAAAACACCGCCACAGCAGCGUGGGUCACCACAGACGCGCCAGCCACAGCUGCAGACAGGACGCUUACGUGGAUUUCCACUACACAAUGCCGAGUACAGAUAUCGAGGAUUCGUGGCCGGAGGAGCACAGCCUGGCCUUCCACUCUCUACCCAAACCCAUCGACUAUCUUGAACCCCACCAGGCCAAAGAUAACAGUGCCUGCCUCAGUCUGAGUAAACACCAUGCCAUGGUGCCCUCAGACAGCUGCAACGCUUACAUCUACAUGUGCCACGAGGGCGAGACUCAGGUGCCGGCGCCUGGAGAGUGCUGCCACUCGCACUUUGUUGACCCGCUCACAGGCUUGCUGGUCAGAAACAACAGCUACAGUCACAGCUACAGUCACAGCAGCUACAUCAGCGAUAAGGCCAUUGACAUCCCGAGCAAUGAUGAGAUGAUCAACCUAUCACCAGCUCCGGGGGGCCCCAUUGUGGCCAAAACGGCCCUGAUAAAGCCUGAGGAGAGCAGAGAGCAGUAUGUUGAUCUAAUAACUGAUGAUUCACUCUUCAAAGACAAGAGGGACGAUGUAAUCAAAGAAAAAACAAUCAAACCCACAGACCCUAAAACAGAGGAAGUGACCCUUACCACAGCCGCAACCACUCCGCCUCCUGCUGAUAACACGCACGUGAUGGUGGCCCUCACAGAUCAGCAGUCGGAGCUGAGUCACACAGGCGACAGCGGGGUCGACCGAGGAGGCUCCAGCGUGAGCCUCGCCGACAUCCUUGACUGCAGCGACGAGGACGAGGACGAUGACAUCACGGACGAUAUCACUGACGUUACCUCAGGCAUCUUUGCGGACGAGUCCAGUGAGCUGAACGCGUCUCCGGCCUUUAAGUCUCUACAGAAGCAGGUAGGAACUCCUGAUUCCAUGGACUCCAUGGAUCUGCCGUCUGCAGCCGGGUCCUGUGAAGGCUUCAGUCCUGCAUCCUCCCACCCGUCAAGCUCACCUAAAGCUAUGGACAGCGGCUACGACACAGAAAAUAAUGAGAGCCCUGAGUUUGUACCCAAAGAGCCUCAUGAACCCCGGGAACAACCUCUGGGGAAGUCCGCCCUCGAUACAAGCCUGGAGGAGGACAAGGAGCUGGAGGAGCAUGGAGGUGAAGUGGUGACCACAGAGGAUGAACCCUCACAGACAGAAGACCACAUCCUUCUACCACUGAGCGAUAAGACUCCGUACAGAGACUCUGCCUACUUCUCAGACUAUGAGAAUGAAAAGCAGAGUAGGGACGAAGAUGAUGUUGAGAAGAAGGGUGAAAAGAGGAAGAACGAGGAGGAGGAGGAGGAGGAGGAGGAGGAACUAAAUGACUCUGUGGUGAGCAAAGAUAUAAAACUUGAUAUGAAACACAUAUCAGCAGAAGGAGAAUCCUCUUCUCUACCAGAGACAGAAGAGUGUGACCAGGACGAGGUGCUGGGACUUCCUCUGGAGUCCUCCGACACUGCUUCAUUAACAGAGGGGGGGCUGGACGAAUGGCCGUCACAGGAAGAGAGCUCGUCGUUAGGAGACUGGGCAGCAGAGGUGGUGGGAGCCAUGGAAGAAGCCCUCGGUGCCCUGAAUGGAGACUGUACCUCUAAUGUCGAGGUAGAGGAGGAGGAAGCAGAAGGUCAAGAUUCAUCAGAAACAACAGAAGAGUCAGAAAUCAAGACGGCUCCAAACCGGCCAUUGGGGAUAUCUGGUGAACUCACGCACUCUUUACCCAAAGACGAGGUGGCCUUACAGCAAACAGCAAACACCAGGAGGUUUUCUUCUUCCUCUCCGCCACCUCCAUCCACCCCUCCCCCUCCGCUCCCUGCAGCAGAGGGCCGAGGGUCACCAGCUGAUGGGGAAGAAGCAGACAAGGAGGACGGCGACACCGACGACAGCGACGAGUCGGAUGAAGAGCUGCGGACCUACAGUGUGCAGGAACAGAGCGGAGGGGAGGACAGCGAGGACGAGUGCCACCCGGUGCCCAUCGUGGUGAGUGACGACAGCGAAGCUCACAAACUCCGCAGCCUCCUGAAGAUGCCGACGCUGCUGACAGUGGAGACCCUGGAGGAGGAGCUCGAUCGCAAGAAGAAGACGGUGUCUUUUUUCGAUGAUGUCACCGUUUAUCUGUUUGAUCAGGAAAGCCCGACCAAGGAGCUGGCUGAGCACGGCUUCAGUUUAGGAGGUGAGGGUCAAAGUUCACGGAGCAAAUCCCAGGAAAGACUCAACGCGUCAGAUGACUCUUCAGAUGGGAACAUCUCAGAGGAGAGUGCAGGGUACGAGUGGGAAGACGACUUCCCUCUACUCCCUCUGCCAACAUCCUCAGUGGCGUCUGACUCCCCUCCACCCCCCCGCUCCGUCCCCAAAGCUCCGGACCCCAAACCAGCCGUCCGGUUCUCCCGUUUCACCGUCUCCCCCUCCAACGUGUCCCGUUUCUCCAUCACCCACAUCUCUGACUCUGACAUGGACUCUGCAGGAGGAAGCAGUGAGGACGGGGACAAAGAGUAACCAGCUGCGGAGAUUUACUGCCUCUGUGACAACUACUUGGCCUGCUAGCAUGACUUCUAAUUUAUUUUUUACCGUCAGGUUUUCGAAACACAAGACAGUGCCUCUUACCGCCUGUGGACACUUUUGAAAGGUCCGUCUUACCGAGAAGAGAAUGGUUAAUAUAUAACAUUUACAGAAUAUUAAUAUAUACUGUAUGUAUGAUGUAAAGAAUCUUUGGACGCAGGGGAAGCUUGUAUUGUGCAUAUUUUUGGGAUCAAAGAGACACAAAGGAAGGACAGCGUCACAUUUGCCACCUCGUUCACUUGUUCAUUUGUGAUGGGAAGCACCGAUGAGAGCGUGGAAACACCUGGACUCACAGACACACGACAGACGGACGCUGAGUUCUGGCUUUUCAACAAAAGGAUCAGCACUUUGAACGAGGCUGUACAGCUCCACAGACUUUGUACUUUUUAGGAAACUGCUUUACUUGUCUUAAUAAAUAUCGAGGAGAAUCCCUGAGGUAUCAUGAGUAAUAUAACAUUAAUAUUAGGUUCGUUAGGAGACGAAGGACGUGCUGGUGUGACAGGAAGGAAUUUUAAUGUUUGGUUACAGGAUGGCUUUUGUGGAAGCAGCUGAUUGAACCUGGACAAUGUGAUAUUUUGUGACUCUAUUUAUUUUUCUUGUUUUUGUACCAGGACCACUACUGUACUGUUUUACAUGAAUCUGUGGCUCAUUCUCUCGACCAAACUGAGCGCCAGCACCGCCAUCACAGCUGACCCCUCUUCGCUGUAAACACCAGGCACAACGUUGUCGCCGUAGUGACAGGAGGUGACGGAAGUUAUUUAACUCUUAUUAAAGGUUUAACAGUUUUUCAGAUAUAGCAAUGCAUGGUUUCAAGUAUCUAGAAAACAGUAUCUAUAAGAAUUUAUAGCUCGGAGACAGAAGGCGACAGCUUUUGGUUUUGGAGCAGAGACAGACACACAUGGUCACAGAAAUCACGUUUCCUCUUUCUGCCAGAACAAAUUGGCAUCAAGACAGGACGCUGAUGAUUUGGACGCUACAUAAAGACACCAGUUCUCCAUAAAGACACGGACCAAUAGGGCUGGGCCAUAUGGAUGAAAUCUUCUCCACAGUAUAUGCCAUAUUAUACUGUGAUAAUGGCAUAUGUUUUCAUAAAGUACUUUAUCUGAACCUCACGUUUGAAAUUGUUAAAGGUCCAGUGUGUGGGACUUAUUGGCAGAGAUGGAAUAUAAUCUUAUCUGUGUAUUUUCUUUAGUCUCAGUGGUUUCAGCGUUAGAUACCUGACACCAAAAGCCACCUUUCGCAGUGGUAUUAUACACCACCAGAUGGCGUCAGUUUGUAACGCAGCAAAACAUGACAUUUUCUGUGUUAUGACAUGCCGCUGGUCAGCUGGACGGCACCUGUUAAAGAAGUAUGAUACGCAGACAGGCGGCAUCAGUUCAUAACGCUGCUGGAUAGCACCUAUCAUGGAGGUAUGAUACCCUGCAGGACGGCCUCAGGUUGAAAUGCUGCCAGUAACGAGGUAAUCUAAGGAGCUGGAAAGUCCCUACAGGGUGGAUGGGAGGAGUGGUGGAUCAGAGGCCUGCACGGGUCCAUUUUUGAAAACUGGCACCUGCCCUAGCCUCGCAUCACCAGGCUCUUCACGUAAGGCAGAGAGCCUGGUUUCUAUUCACUCUGAAUUCUGUCUGGAUUCUGGUUCCGGUCUAGAGAGCGGAUGAGGAUGUCAAAUUCACCAAAGUAAAACUUUAAAUUCUGGCGCACCAUCGAUUUGGGGUGAUGAGGGGUGUAAGAUUAACUUAAUGGCUUGGGGCUUUUCUUGUAAAUUGUAUUCUUUAAAUUAAAAAGUUUCACCGCAUUUUUAUUAGCUUGGUGCUUUUAUUUUGAUGGAAAGGCGCAUCCAUCAAAUUCCGGAUCCUGUCUCACUCGCCCUGGUUCCGGUUCCUUACCAAAACGGCCACUAACGGCCCCAGACUACACCUGCCCAUACCUGUAAAGCUCAGUACCAGACCCUCCCUGUUACCCGUCAAUAAAACGAUCAAACACACAAACUCACAUGAAGCUUGGUUCUCCAAAUCCAGCGUAGGAGACGUCUCUUUCAAGCAUUCAAUCACUGCCAGGUUAGGAAACAUUUUAGCAUGCCUCUUUCAAUACAUUUUUUCUGACAUUUCUUUGACAUUUGUUUCUAAAAUUUUCAUGAUGUUUUUCAGACAUUUUAUCAAAACGUUUUUGGACAUUUUAUCAUAAUUUUUUCAGACAUUUCGUUAACAUUUUUCUCCACCAUUAAUGCUCAAAAGGAUCCUCCUUGGGUGUCUUGAACUUCUCAUCCUCAGGCUGCAAAUUUCCACGUCGGUGACAAUGGGGUCACUGUGGCUUGAUAAUAGAGAUUUAGAUGUUUUUGUUCCAUACAUAUUUUUACCCGUUGCACAGCUACGGUACCCAACCUGAUGCAGAUGUGGUGCUCAUGCCUGGCUCCAAAAAUCCAAGAUGGCGACAGUCAAAAUGCAGGUCCCCAGGAAAGCAGCUGGUAUCACGGCAUUGCAGCAAAAAAAUUUCCGGCGGCCCAAAAAUUAUUUCUGUCAAAGUGGUGACACCUCCAACUGCAAACGAGCUCAAUUAUGACUCUUUUUCAUGGAGGUUUUAUAUUUGUAAAACUUGACGAUUUAAAAUUACGUGAUGUCAUCACAAUGUAAAGUCUAUGAGCUGAGCAGCAACUUGUGGGUGGAGUAAUUUUUUAUUUAUUUUUUUCCAGUUUGCACCAGGUGAGCUGGACCGACUAGACGCCAUCUUAUCGUCCAGUAUCUUGUCAUUAUCAUAAAUCUGAUGCCAAACUAGCGGCAACAAAAGCAGAGUCCACAAACCAGUGGGUGACGUCACAGUGGCUACGUCCGUUAUCUUAUACAGUCUACGGAUUUCACAGCACCUAAAGGCCACCGUAGGUUCUCUACAUGGACAGGGAGGAGUACUCAGUUUGCCAUGAGAUGCCACUAACUCCUACACACUUCUCCUUCAAUAGAUAAAAUGUCUGCUCUGAAGUUAAACACCUGACAAAUCAAAGUUCUUCAUCACAUUGAUGCAAAGAUCCGGUACAUGUCCGAAAGCAGUUAAUACUCAUUCAUUUGCAACAUUUGUUGUAAAACCAGAGAUAUUAAAGGGACAGAUAAACGUUUGUAUCGUCAGUUUGUAUGAUCAUACUGGGCCCAACCCUACAGACAUCCAAACACAAACCUGCACAACAACGUUAAAAAGGCUGUUAACUUAUAUUUUUGUCUGCACAGGUCGGACGCUUCUGCGUCUGUACAUCAGCACGUUACACAUCCAGUAUUCUCACCAUGUUAUCUGUUUGUAGGAGAGCAGCUGUCUGACUCCACUGUUUCAGGGUAUUUUGGCUACACUCAGCUUGUUCCAAGACAUUUUGUACAAUAAUUCUGAAACGAUGAAACUUUUCAGAUUUGAGAGAAAAAUGUUUGUUGUUAGUGGUUAUAAUUUGGGUUAUUCAGAGCUGGAGGACAAAUGUGAGCAUCACGCUGAAAAAGAACAAGAUUUAAUAUCAACUAUUUAAAACCGACUUGUUGAGCCACGUUGCUUUGACAGAUCAAUUCCUUUGUCCGAUCAGCUGGUUGAAAGGCCUCAGAGUGCUGACGUCACCAUCAUGAAAUGUUCCAGUGCUUUGUGUGCGUGUAAAUGUACGGAGGUGAAACAGAAGGUGUACGUGAUGAGUUGUUGUGAGCCUCGACCUUUCAGAACGCCCUGUGAUCAACAUAUAGUGUCUUUAAGUGUUUGUUUGCCUUCAAGGCUUUAAUAUUCUGUAACAGUUUAGCAUAGAACCAUCUAGACAGCUGUCCGUAAUAUUUUUGUAUCUCGACAAAAAUACUUUUCAGAGUAUUGAUGUACUGUACCUGUACAGGUGGGAGGGUUAAAAAUAUUAUGUCUCUUAUGUUUUAUUGUUGCCAAAGAGAUGUUGUGUUGUGGUUCAGGGGCAACAGAUGGAGACAGAGAGGAGGGACGUUACAGGAGCUUCGGCCUGUUCGUUAACAAACAACGUACAGGUGAGGUUUUGGUUUGCGAUACUGUCAGUAACAUGUGCCCCCACACUGACCUGGUCACAUCAUUACCUUCUGUACCUUCUAUCAAAUAUAAAUAAAGUCUGUUUUACACAUCUUCA